AUGAAGCGCUCACGCGAGCCUGAAGAGGAUUACCUUCCGUCCUCGACCACCGAGCAAGAUGUUGAAAUCGUCCCCGUUUCCAAGUUCCUAGGCCUCGACGUUGCCGACAACUCGCAGUCUACUCCCAUCCUCGAUUUCGCCUGCUCACUCCCUGGCCACGGACCGGGCCUACGCUUCCCAUCAUACGAAGAGUACGAGUCGCACUACCACAAGGCGCAUGAAAAUCGCUGCAUCGAUUGCAGAAAGAACUUUCCUUCUUCACAUAUGCUCAAUCUACAUAUCGGAGAAUUCCACGAUGCCCUGACUGAGCUGCGGAAAGAGAAGGGGGAGAACAUCUACUCCUGCUUCGUUGAGACAUGCGCCGAAAAGCGGAAGACGCCGGCUGAGAGGCGUGCACACCUGAUCGAGACGCACAAGUACCCUACCAACUACUUCUUCGCAGUAACCAAGGCUGGUGUUGACCGCCGCCAGUCCAUGCUCGUCAACCGUAAAGAGAGCAAGCCACGCACGCAUCACCGCGACAAUGCUCACCAGCAAGGGCGCAAGGGCGGCAAGAAGGAAUCUGGCAAAGACGCCACGCCAGGUGUCGCAGAAGGCAAUGGCAUCCAGGUGAAUGCAACCGCUAAUGACAGAGCCGUUGAGCCAGUAGAUGUUGCGAUGGACGAUCCGGUCUCCCAGGAUCAGCCAAACAGCGACAUUGGCAAGGAUAACAACAGAGGCGCCACGAGCAGCAAUGUUGCUGCGCUUGAGGCUAGCUCAGAUAUUCUGCCAAAACACCAGGCAGUCCACGAUCGCAAGACGGCGGCCCAGGAUACGGAUAUGGAGCAGUUGACAGGAGCCAUGUCGUCCUUGAAGUUUGUCCCCAGAAAUGUUCGACUCGCCUCCAAAAAAUCCGGUUUGCCUCCGCGGUAA